AUGGGACUUUCGAAUAACAAUCUCUCUGCAACGUCAACAUCACAACAUACUAAGACAGAGGAAUCAUUCUUAUUUUCAUCCACUAUGAAUCAUGAGAAUGAACGCUCAACGGAUCUUUGUACGAAACGAAAGGCAGCAGAGAUUGAAGUUGACGCGAUGGAUACUUCUCUCAAAGCCAGCAAUAUCGUCGGAACAUCAGAUAAGAUUCCACAGCAGCGAGAGCCUCCAUUGAAGAAAAGGUUCAGUCUGGAUUUGUUGUCGGAAGCAUCGGCGAUGCUCGCACAAGGUUUCGGUCCUUCCAAGAUUCAGGAGAUUGUGCAGCGACAGGAGAAUGAAUCGUCUGCCAUUAGGGAACAACAACAACAACAACAACAAGAAAUGGAGAAAAAUGAUUCAGCGCCAGCAACAUCAUCAGACCAAAUGGUGUUGGACGAAGCUCCAGACAAGGCUGGCCCUACAAACGGGGCAAAUAGCGUAUCGGUUGAGCCCAAAGUAGAGCCAACAGUGAAUUCAGAAGCAUCAAACGUUUUUAAAAAUAUCAGAAGCGAUGCAAACGCAGAACAAUCAGUGCAAAAGACAAAUGAGCAAUCACCACCACAGGUGGAUCAAGAACUGAAGCCGAGUACUUCAAUACGGACAGGACCAGAGAAUGAUAAUUCAGUAGUCAAGAAACCAUCCAUUGAUAUUAUUAAGGUGGACACUGUGGAAAAGGAUACGCCAAUCCGUACCGUAUCAGAGACAGAUAAUUCAGUCAAGGAAUCAUCAGCAUCCCAAGAUAUGAAGGUCGAUGAUAUAAACAAGGACGCACGUCUGCAGACAAUAUCAGAGAAAGCGGUUGAGACUUCAAAGGAUACGCCGAAUAUUCAGACAGCAACAGUACAGCUACCAUCCGACACACCAGGCACUGCUCCAAUGAAGCAGUCCGCCGAAGAGACUCCAAUUGACAUUGCGACAAUGAGUACGCCGAGUGUUCAGACAAAAUCGUCAGGGGCAGAUACUGCAGUUAUUAAGGAAUCUCAGGAUGUACAAGUCGACAGUGAAAAUAAGGAUGACACUCCAAUGGAAGCAGCAGCAGGCUCUGAGGGAGAUACUUCAGUUAAGGAACCUCAGGUGACUCUGGCCGACGACGAGAAAAAAGAUGCACCGAUGCAGACGGCAGCAGAAUUAGAGGCGCCAGAUAAUUCAGUUAAGGAAGAAUCUGCAUCUGGCAAUAAUACCGAGGUUAAUAAUGUGAAAAAUGUCACUGCGAUGCCAAAUUCUCCACCAGGGACAGAACAUUCAGUCAAGGAAGAAUCAUCAUUACAAACUGCAAAGUUUACCGUUGUGCAGGAGGACACUCCAAUGCCGAGUGCAUCAUUAGAGGCAGAUGAUUUGAUCAAGGAAGAAUCAUCAUCUCACGAUGCUGAAGAGGCCAACGAUGUCAAGCAUGUCGCUGCGAUGCCGACUUCAUCAACGGAGACUGACAAUGCUGUCAAUCAAGAAGUAUCACAACCUGUUAAGGUGAACGGUGUUAAGGAGGAUAUUCCAAUGCAGAAUGCAUCAUCAGAACCGGUUAGUUCAGUCAAGGAGUCGUCAUCUGAUAAUGCCGAGGUUGACGAUGUGAAGAAUGUAAGUGCGAUGUCACCUUCACCGAAGACAGAUAAUUCAACCAAGGAAGAACCAUCGCGACCUACAAAGAUUAAUGGUUUGAAGGACGAUUCUCCAAUGCAGACUACAUCACCAGAGGAUGAUACUUCAGUCAAGGAAUCCUCAUCGUUGGAUGCUCAGGUCAAGAAUUCUUCUGAUAUGCUGCCUAGUAGCAACGACGGCGUUUCUAAUGGCGGUAUACCAGCAGUAGCAAGUGAAGCGGUUGAGAGCUCGGCGACAAAUAGUGGAGAGGAUCAGACUGGAGAGACUGUGGCGCAGACUAUGGUGGCGAAUGGGCCACUCGUGAAGGACGCGAAAGAAUUAAACGGACAACAGGAGCAAUCUGGAGAAUCUAUGGCUAUUGGCGACACAAUCAAGGAGAUGGAAAAGGCGACCGAUGAGCCUAAGACUGCCGAUGAGCCCAAAACGGCUGAAACCAAAGUCGAGGAGGCCAAAAAAGAUACAACUGGAGAACCAAUGAGUACAGAUGAAAUUGUCAAGGAGACAAAAGAGGAAAGUGGGGCUACCGUAUCAACUGACGAAUCAGUGGAGACGAUGACACAAGAAACAAGGGGGCCUGUGUCUGGGACUACCAGUGUUUUGACGGAAACUCAACAAGAAAAAGAAGAAUCCGUGACCAAUGGGGAAAAAGGUCCGGAGACGAAAGAAGAAAAUAGGCAAGCCGAGGCUAACGAAAAAUUAAUCGAGCCAGCGCAACAAGAAAGCGGAAAUGGUAUCGGAGAUGACGAAUCAGCCAAGGGUACGAAGGAAAUGCCUGACAAAUCAGUGGAGAAGACGAAGGAAGAGGAACGAGAUCCGAUGGCUAUGGACGAAAAAGUUAAAGAAAAAGCCGAAGGAAAUGAACAGCCAGUGGCCUCCAUUGAAUCAGGCAAGGAAAUGAACGGCGAAAGCUGUGAACGAAUGGCUUGUGAUGAAGAAGCUGAGAAAGUGGAAGAGGAUAAAUCGGAGCCUAUGAUCAUCGAUGAAUCUGCUAAAGAGACGACAGCAGCGAAUCCUAGUACCUCCAGCAGAGAAACUGAGAACGAGAUCGCCAUGGAAAAGCCAGCAGUGAGUGACGCGCCAACCAUGUCUCGCGACGACACAGCUGAUCCAUCGCAGGGCAGUAGUGGUGUGAUCGAAUCAUCGGCAGAAGCUGCUAUGGAUGUCGACGACACCAAAACUGGUGAGCAAGCAAUUGGCAAUGGAAUCAAACUUGAUGAAAAGGAAACAGCUUGCGAAAAUCAAUCUGCGCAAGCGGACAAGAAGAUACCCAAGAAACGUACGAAUCCGGAGGUACUGGAAAUUAGGAAGCGGAUUCAGUUUGGUUGCCGCGACAAUGACCUGUCCGCGGCUAUGGCAGCGUACGACGAAGCUAUUGACAAGGAAAUCAAGGUUGAAGCGCAGUCGUUUUACAAUCUAUUGAAUCUCUGUGAUGGAACAGAACGAAACGUUCACAUUGGGACUCCAAAAGCCAAAUCGACCCUGUCUGAUGGCAUCGACGGGGUACCGGAUGUCGAUGAAGCGACUCGCUUGAAAUUUGCCUUUCGGCUUCGGGACCAUAUGAAGGAAUUGAAUCUUUCACUGAAUGAAGCUGCCUAUUCAGCUAUUGUGAAAUUGCUGUCAAAGUCAAGAGAAUUUGACCAAGCGCUGGCAAUACUCGAAGAAUCAGAAAACGUGCAACAGUGCAAGCCAAGGCUUCGGCUCUACUCUUCCCUCUUAAUUGCCUAUUGCGAAGAACACCGAAUGCUGGACGCGUUGGAGAUCUGGAAGAAGCUAACUCAGCAGAAGCUGCAGGCGACCGAAAAGGAGUAUGCUGCCUUGAUGCAAUGCGCGACUUCUACGGGGGACGCCAUAGUGUUUGCAAGGGUGCUGACUGACCUCGCCGAGGAUGUUCUCGUACCAUCGAAAGGGACGGUUUCGCGGAUACUGGAAUGGUUUGAAUUUGCUCACUCUUUCCACACAGCAAGUCUCACCAAACGACGUGCUGAUGAGACGAAAGUAUGUGAGUGUCUGGAACAAAUUCAUGCGGGCGAAAAGGAGGCACCUCCAAAUAUGGGGCCCGUCGUAAAUGUCAAUGCGUGGCAAAUAAGUUCGGCCUGUCCCAUUGACAUGAAAAGUGGUACACUUCAAACUGGAUGCUUGAAAGGGUGCAAAUUGAGUCCAGUCAACAUCUCGCAACGGGCGUGGGAUGAAAUGAGAGAUAUGAACGAGAAGAUUGUUACGGAUGGACAAGUGGAAGGGCACAACACACAGUUCCAAGGGGGAAAGAAAGGGAAAAAGAGAAUGGACUUCUCUCCAGAAGAACGUAAACAAGAAUGGGAUCGCUUUACCAACUUCUUGGAUUCCAUUGGACACGUCGAUGUGGUUAUUGACGGCGCCAAUGUCGGAUGCUUUGAAAAGAACUUUGCCGGAGCUCCGAAACACAUUGAUUAUCGUCAAAUUGACUGGAUCGUCCAGCACUUUUCGAAAAUGGGGAAAAAGGUACUUCUUGUAUUGCACGAGCGCCACUUUGCAAAACACAUGAUGCCAGACAACUUCCGGUGGCUCGAACAGAAAUGGUUGAAUGGCAGGAACCUGUACAAGACACCAAGGGGGAUGAACGACGAUUGGUUCUGGCUUCAUGUCGCCUACAAACACCAGUCUCUAGUAGUUACGAACGACGAGAUGCGCGAUCAUCACUUUCAGAUGCUAGCUCCACGAACUUUCUUGCGUUGGAAGGAACGCCACCAUGCGCACUUUGAUUUUGGAAAUUGGAUCACUGCUGGAGAUGGAAGCCGGCAAAGGGAGGUCUUACUCACCUUGCCUGAAGCUUAUUCUAGACGACUGCAACGCGUGGAAGAUGGCCUGGUCGUUCCGUUGGCAAAGCAAGGCGAUAGCAAUCGAUUCAUGGAUGGGGGACACGCUGCUUCUGAUGAUGAACCGGAGGAAGAGACGUACUUGUGCAUUCGCCCAAACAAGCCGCAGGAUUCAUAA